UGGGGACUUUGGUGAUGGCGUCCUGGCCUCAGUAGGUCCGUCAUUUUGAUGUGCGAGGUGUGUUUUUGUGAAAAAAACCCUUUAAAGGCGAUUUUUGCGGCUAGAUUUGCGUUUAGGGCUGCGCUCGCAUCGAAUCGCCCCGUUUGGUUGGCCUAGAUGUUGUGAAAAUAGCAACUUUCAGUUGUUGAAGAAUCACCCACUGGACACCAAAAUGAUUGUUCUGACGGUGAAGACGCUCGAUUCCCAGAAUCACACCUUCACGGUGGACGAUGAUAUCACCGUGGAGCAAUUCAAGACAAAAAUCGCUGAUACUGUUAACAUCCCGGCCGAAACGCAGCGCAUUAUCUACUGUGGACGUGUGUUGCAAGACGAGGCCAAGUUGGGGGAUUAUGAUGUCAACGGGAAAGUGGUGCACUUGGUGCAGAGGCCGCCCCCGAGUCAGAACCCACCGACCACGCGGGCCGCGUCCCCACAGCCCCCUCGAAGGGGUUUCCGGGGCUUUGAUACUGAAAACACCAUGUAUUUGGGGUCCAUGGCGUUUCCAUCGAACUUGAUGGAGUCCCAGGGGAUUGUGCCUCCGCCCCCGACGCAUAGUUUGGCUGGGAGUCGGCUCAAUGUGGCCAGAAGGAUGUUGCGACGUGCCGAGGCCGUUAUAAGCCUCCUAGAAAACCCCUCAGCCCGUCCUAACGAACAGGCAACGUCUGAAGAACAACAAGAAGAAGAAGUGACUCCAAUUAUUGAAGCUCGUGUUAUAGUUCCUCCUGGUAACAGUGAUUCAAUCGACGAGGCUAUGGUUUUAUCGGCUGUCCAAAACACACUAUUCGAUGCCGCUUCGGGCUCUAUACCAAUGGCAGCCGAAGUUACCAUAGAUGGAAGUGGGAGUUCACAGAAUUCUUCUGAAACACCACCUGCUGAAAGAUCGGCGUCGUCAACACCUGAAGAAGCUGCGCCGACGCCGACAACGUCCACGACGGCCUCGGAAGGAACCAGUGGAGAGCAGAGGAAUGGAGGAGUUAGUGCCAGAACGUUGGCAGAGAACGCUUCUCGAACGUCUGAAAUGGCCGAACUUUUGACAACUUUAAAUCAACUUCAAACCCGCUUUGCACCAUUUUUGGAACGCUAUCGCCAUUUCAUGGUCGAGGACCCCAUUAUUCCCCAGGAGAACGUGCGUCAGACCCAAGCGAUGCUAACCCGUGUCUCGGAAGUCCUUCACUUCCUAGGCCACGCCUACCACUCGCUCAGCGACAUUAUAAUUCGUGUACGGACACCACCGCCCCGCCCACUUCUCUGUCGUCCAAUCCUAAUCCAGCAUUCGGCCGUAGUUCAAGCCGGAAUACCGAUUCAAGUCGAGGUAGCACAAUUCAAUUUGUCGGAACGUCCCAACAACACGUCAACAACGACAAGCAGUGCUGCCACCACAACAACAACCGAAACUUCAACGAAUGCUGGCGAUGGAGGGGCGCGGGCUACGCUCUCAGCCCCCCAACCGUCUGUCAAUUUUAGGGGAUUCCCCUUUAUCCCAGCCGCCUCGAUGCGAGUCCAGUCGUUUCCGAUUGAAGUUCGGACGACUGCUAGACCUGUCAAUGUUGUGCACAGCACGCAAAGAACUCAAAAUAAUAAUAAUAAUAAUACAGUGGGGGCGUCCGAAAAUAGGACUCCGCCCACCACAACCCCGCCCACGACUAGCUCCACCUUUAAUAUGCCAAACUUGAAUAAUUCAAGUGUUGAGUUUUUCAUGGAAGUGACACCUGAAGUUUUGCAGGGAACUUUAAACGGCCCCCCACCCGAAUUUCUCCAAUCUCUUGUACAAAUGGCUGGUCAGAUAAUGAAUCGCAUUACCACAACCGCCCCCACUUCUGAUACCAACACAACAACAACAACUUCCCCCACCUCAAACACUGACUCCGCCCAAUCGAGUCAAGCCACGCCCUCGCAACAAACCGCAUCCGGUCAAAAUUCACAAGCCCGUGGCAACACCCAAACCAAUCCAACCACAGCCACACAUACGCGUUCAACGCCCCGCCCACAUGUUCAUCUCGCCCAGCAGGCGAUGCAAGGCGGCUUUGAUCCAUUCCUACCGUGUAAUUCGCAUCACGUGACACACAGAAGGCGGGCACAACAAGCCACGGCCACGCCCACUGUUAGACAACAGCAAGGGAGCCAAGCAACGGAAGGUGGGGAAGAAGGCGGGGAACAGAGGGAUAGAGAAAGGGCGGCGUCACAAAAUUUACAUAGUUUGUUUGAUGAGAUUUAUUCGACGUUACGGACGGCGUAUAGGAGACGAAGGGAGGGGAAUAAUGCGACAGGAGGCGGGGCUAGAAGUGAAGGACAGUCGGAGGGGAGUGGCGAAGAGGCGAGUGGGUCGACGGGACAAGCGACAGGGAGUGGUUUAGGAUUUGGGGGCGGGGCUACAGCGGGGACGUUGCCGCCUUCCCUAGCCAACUUGCUGCCGAAUUUGCAAAGUACUUUUGCGAACUUACCCAACAUGUUACAAGGCCCAACAAUUGCCGAUAUUUUGCAACAAUUACCACUUGACGAAUCAUCACAGGAAAAUCCUGGUGAAAGUAUAAUCACUGAUUUGAUAAUGUUACUGUCACGUAACUUGACUAUAGUUGAUAUGAUUACACUAAACACUGGAAAUUUCGAGCCGUUAAAUCGAGUCACCAACGAAAUUCAACAAUUUUUCACGACCAGAGUCCUGGACGGUUCGAAUUCUCCACAAGCUGUGAAUGCAGGUGUUGAUAGAUUUAUUAAUGAAAUGCAGCCGUUUUUCCAGAAUUUUAGUCGAUUAAGAGUUAACGACGAUAUAGAUAUUGUUAGGUCUGUGGAGACGCUUUUUAGAAGAAGACUGCCUGAUAUAAUCACAACUGCAACAAAUUUAAAUUCGUCAAAUAUGCGAACUUUAGUCGACCAGUGUUUAACUUUGGCGAAAAUGAUGUGUGCAUUGACCUUAACAGCAAGUGCCAAUGGACAACAAGGGGUCGAAGAGACGUUCCAGCAAAUUAUCACUUCAUACAUGCAAGGCAUUCCAACAGAACUCCAAAAUUGGACAAUGAUCACUAGUUGUGCGAAUCUCCAUCACUUUAUGGCAAAUUUAGGAAUUGAUCGAAGUGAAGUUGAACCAUAUAUUGUAAGAAGUACAGACGUCCCAAUGGCCACACCUCCCGACCCGACUGUACAAAAUGAAGUUAGGAAUAAUACAACACAAGAAGUUGAGAGUAUGGAACUAGAUGAAGCUGAGGCCACUGUUGAGUUGCCACCUCUAUCACUAAGUGAUGAUAGUGAACCUGUUCCAAAUAUAGUCCUAGGUUCGGAACCUUGGCACAGUCAAGUACCAGAAGAUUGGGUUCCAAUUAUUACAAGAGAUGUGCAAAGACAAAGACGCCAAAAUACACAACCACCAUUCAGUGAUGCUUAUUUAUCAGGAAUGCCAACAAAACGGCGUAAAAUUGUCAAUAGUACGAAGCCGCAAGGAAGUCUUCCUCAAGUUAUUGCAGAGAGUGUAAGACGUGCCGUAACAGUGACCGGCUUAUCGUCAGUGGCACCAGUGGAGGCGGUGUCCCAGGGGGCUGGGGAAUCCCUGGACGUCCAAGCUGCCUAUCGCAGUUUGCUCAGGACAACGGUCCAAUCAGCGCUCAGAGAUAACGAAGACUUCACACCGGAACGGUUUCCAAACGCUUCGACUUAUUUCAAGACACAGUAAUGUUAUUAUAUUCGAUUAAAUAAUAUAGUCUCACUUAACCGUUGUAUUAUCCUAUUAUUAUUACUAUCAUCACUGUAAAACUACUGGUUGUUAUUUAAAUAGUUUUCGUUUUUUUUUUGUUUCGUGGGUUUUUUCAAAUUAAGGUUUCAUUUCGUUCCAACAUCCAGUUGUAAUAAUUUAUUGUUCAGCUAUAGAUGAUCUAGACUUGUAUUUUUUUUAAACGAUGUGUUACGUGAUAGUGAUGGAACUGUGCUUAUGAUACUAUUUUACUUUGUUCUGAAACAUUUGUAAUGUUAGAAGAUUGAAUAAAACAUAAUUCACGCCA